AUGGCUAGCACCUCCGUCCUCGUUCUCGCUAAGUCAUCCACCUCUUCGCCUCCGAGUGCCGCCAUCUUGGCAACGGCCGACUACGAAGAUACGCAAGCGCUCGUGAAAGCUAUCAAGGGCGCGCUUGAGGCGGACACCAGCAGAACCAAGCGCUUCCUCAAGAAAAACAUCAUUUUCCUCAACCCGACUGUGUCAAUCGCCAGACUUCGUCCCAUCGAAGUUCCCAACCUUACGGCACUUCCCCCCUGGAAGGCCUUGAUCCGACACGCCACUCCCAACAAAGCCUUUACCGAGGCAGUACGCGAGCCCGAGUCGAUGGAUCAGGGGUUUUACACACAUCUAUUCCAUCUCUACGACGAUGUCUUCGUGGACAUUGAUCAGGAGGGUGGCCGCAUCGCUCUACCUCAGCAUGCGCUGGUCAUGCAGUACAAGAUGUCCCCCACGACCCAGAGAGUUAUCGGCGGAAUGGUUUCGGUUCUUGGAGGAUUGAUUUCCGUUGCAGUCAGAGCCGGGGAAGGUUCGUUCAACUGA